AGGAGAAACCGUCGUUGUAGCGUUUCUCUUCUCUUAGCUUCAUCAUCUGGUCGUAGUAUCUGUCCGUCAGCGGCCAUAUGUAAUCUAACCUCAUUCAUUCGUUUACAGACGCACUCUGCUGCUUCUUGUUUACACCGAACUCCGGUUUUAACGGGUGAAAGUCUCGUGUUUCAUUCUCCUGGAGGUUGAUCGGUGGAUGUCUCGGUGACGGUCCGCUGCAGGCUGGUUGUGACAGACAGCAACACUACAAUGAUCGAGAGACCAGAGACUCAGGUUCCCAGCAUCGCUCAGCGGAACCUGGAGGGCUAUGUGGGCUUCGCUAAUCUUCCCAACCAGGUGUAUCGGAAGUCAGUCAAAAGAGGGUUCGAGUUCACUUUAAUGGUCGUAGGUGAAUCUGGCCUUGGGAAGUCGACACUCAUCAACUCUCUGUUCCUGACUGACCUGUACUCCAAGGACUACCCGGGGCCCUCCCUGCGCAUCAAGAAGACGGUGCAGGUGGAGCAGUCCAAAGUGCUGGUAAAGGAAGGAGGUGUCCAACUGACACUCACCAUUGUCGAUACUCCAGGUUUUGGAGAUGCAGUGGAUAACAGCAACUGCUGGCAGCCAGUCAUCAACUACAUUGACAGUAAGUGCGAGGACUUCCUGAAUGCAGAGUCGAGAGUGAACCGCAGAUCCAUGCCAGACAACAGAGUCCACUGCUGCCUGUACUUCAUAGCGCCCUCUGGACACGGCCUGAAGCCGCUGGACAUCGAGUUCAUGAAGAGACUCCACGACAAAGUCAACGUCAUCCCUCUUAUUGCAAAAGCCGACACUCUGACCCCAGAGGAGUGCCAGCUUUUUAAAAAACAGAUCAUGAAAGAGAUACAGGAGCACAAAAUCAAAAUAUAUGAAUUCCCAGACACGGAGGACGACGAGGACAACAAGCUCAUCCGAAAGAUUAAGGAGAAGAUGCCACUGGCCGUGGUCGGAAGCAACGUGGUAAUCGAGGUGAACGGCAAGAAGGUCAGAGGCCGGCAGUACCCGUGGGGCGUGGCGGAAGAGGGCAUUUUUGAGCUCCCUCCUCUAGAAGAGACAGAAGGUCAAUGGCUGGCUUGGGAUGCCAAGGGGCGGGACUUCUUAAGUUUCAUCAAUGUGGAGAAUGGGGAACACUGUGAUUUCACUGUGCUACGCAACAUGCUGAUCAGGACCCAUAUGCAGGAUCUGAAGGACGUCACCAACAAUGUCCACUAUGAGAAUUACCGCAGUAAGAAACUCGCUGCCGUCACCUGUAACGGAGUGGACAAUUCCAAAUCCAAGGGACAGCUCACUAAGAGUCCCCUGGCGCAGAUGGAGGAAGAGCGCAGGGAGCACGUGAUGAAAAUGAAGAAGAUGGAGGCGGAGAUGGAACAGGUCUUUGAAAUGAAGGUUAAGGAGAAGAAGCAGAAGCUGAAGGACUCAGAGGCCGAGCUGGAGCGACGCCACGAACAGAUGAAAAGGAACUUGGAGGCGCAGUACAAAGAGCUGGAGGAGAAGAGACGAGUGUAUGAGGACGAGAAGCACAACUGGGAGGCUCAGCAGAGAAUCCUCGAGCAGCAGAAACUGGACGCCUCCAAGACGAUGGAAAAGAACAAGAAGAAAGGAAAAAUCUUUUGAAGAGAUACGACCUGUUUCUUCAGUUUUACACAAACUCAAUUUGUUUCUUCAUCCCCUCUGAAGUUCACAUGUACUGUGGCCCUCCGAACAUACGCACACAUAAACAGAUAUAACACUCAACAGCGCAUUCCUGUUACGUUUAACAUGCACCACGCGUGACAUGGACGCCAUUCUCACACACACACACACACACACAUAUACACACAUGCAAACGCCCACAGCAGCCCACAUGCUCGUCUCUUUGCAGGGUCUCUCUGUAUCUGUUGAAACCUUUUCAUUUUCAUGGGGAAUGCAUGUUUUUGUGAAAUUCUAUUUUCCUAUAUUUCCUGACAAAGAGGAGAAGCUCGAGUUCCUCUGAGCGACAGUGUGGAGUUAACACAUGGCAGGGACCAUGCAUAGCCAUUUGUACACAUGUAGUAGUUGUAUGUUCUCUAGAUAUUCCAUUAGAUCUGCAGAUAGACGUACUACCCCUCUCCUCGACACUCUUUCUUUUAUUGUUCUCAACAACUUAACACAAGUGUAUACACGGUAAAACACUCGCAUAAAGAGUGUGUUAAGAGAAGGGAGAGUGUAUGUGAGUGAAGGUAACUGAAUCAGGUGGCAGCUGAGGAGGGAGAAGUCAGAUUGGGAUUAAGGCCCGGUCACACCAGAAAGUGGAACAGCGAAAUGAUGAUCGGUGAGUCUUUAAGGAAUCACAGGAGCUUUUUGAACUUCAAUUUUUUCAGCAGCGGGCCGUUUACUCCUCCAGUUUACUCCCCCAGUUUACUCCCCCAGUUUACUCCCCUCAGUAGACAGUACAAAUACGUCUUUUGAAUAAAUCACAAUACGUUUGCUAACGUAUUGUGAUUUAUGUUUGUUGAUUCCUUUCUCAUAACUGUCUACAAACCACUCCUCUUCUUUGAAGCAGUUUUUUACUGCGACAGACAGUGUGCUCGAAGUGGGACGGUACUCGGUAUCGGCACUUUCUUCAUUUUACUCCUCGGCGUACCGUGACUUUUUCUUGCGUACCGGAACUUCUCACAAGCUCGCCGGUACUCUCCUCUGCCCUCUCCGUAUCAGCUUCUGUGGGAGAUUCAUAAUCAUAUGACGCAGCGCCAGCGUAUUUGAGCCUCGUCUCAUAAGCCCUGUGAACAUAAAAACAAUGUGGGGAGCGUCGCAAAUAUCAUUAAUGUAACAAUUAUUUAAGAGUUUUCUGAAUCUGCUCUUUAGAUUUAUAGAAUAUGAUUUUUACAGGGCAAACAUUUCCAGAAGAGUUAAAUGUUCAGACGAAGACUGUGAUAAAUAAUAAAAAAUAACUAUUCAACUAUAGUGAGUUUUGUCUUUAAACUUUUUUGGAGUUAACUAAUAAUAGUCCAAAAUUAUGUAAAAUUGCAUAGUUUUAAGUCAGAAACCUUCAAAUGAUCUUUUUUGAUCCUUUUAUUCGAUGUAUAAAUUCAGAAUGUGUCUCUGUAUAAUAUUUGGGAGCAUCUGCUCCUAAAACCUGAAUGAAUAGCUCACACAGCUCAGCUCUGCAUGUGUACCUGCCUGUCUGACUGGCUGGUGGUGAUUUCUAGGCAUCCUAAUAUAUAUUAUAGAGAGAUACUACAAUUAACACAGGAAAACUAUCAACGCUAUGGGUAAAUAUACAAACCCACCACAUCCACUACUUAUUGGAGUAUUACAGGGCCUAUUGUAGGAGAUGCGUAGCCAGAGUAAAAUAAUAUAGCAAUAAAAUCACAACUGGUAAUGACGGACACAGUAUAACAUGAUUAAAGAAAUAAUAAUAAAUUAAUAGGAGCAAGAGAUUGCUGAUAGCGGCAGACACACAACAUGUGAAUAAGGGAAGUACCGACACUUAUUUUUUUCCACUUCGAGCACUGUGGACAGAGGAGAUUAAAUGAAAGCGGAUGGUGCAACGCAGCUAAUAAGCUUCAACAACUUCCUCUAUCUCGGCCUCUCUGUUCACAGCUGGUCGACAGCACAAAUUUGCGCUUUUAUUGAAGUUCACCAAACUCAAUGUGAAAAAUCCGCCCUUGCAAACCAAUUCACCGAUCAAAAUGUUGCUGUUUUUUUUAAUUAUUGGUGUGACCGGGCCUUCAGGCGGGACUUCCAGUGGUGUGUGUGUAAUGAGCAGGUGUGUUUUAUUAAAUGCUGUGUUUGAGGUCGUAGAUGCUGUCUGAUCUGAAUCAGACAAAAAGAAGGGAGAGAAGUAAUUGUGUGUUAACAGCAGCCCAGAAUAUUGUCAUUGCAGUGUGUGUGUUUCCUAUUUAAAUAGAAGACAUUAUGCAAAAAGCCUCAUUUACAGGUGAUUUACAGUGAUUACAAAGAUGUUUUAUAUCGUGAUGUAAGUGAUGGAUGUCGUCAUAGAUCUGAAGCAGCUUUUUGUGAUAUUUUCCCUUUGUGUGUAAAACCACCAGAGGGUCAAUUCAUCAAAAACCUGAUAUAUUCCUUUAAUCUUCCUUUUUUUAUCCUGGACUCCCCAGAAGGAUAACUGUUUGGAUAAGUUUGCCAAUUCAGCCACAGCUUUGUCUCUUGACUUCACUUUUGAAUAUUCUACAUAACUGCAUCCUCACACAGCGAAACAUUACCCCUCUGCUGUUCUCUAAAAACCCAAUCUGGAGUCAAUUCAGAGUCAGAAAGCCGCGUGCUGCGACACAUUUUAAUAUACCUUUCCAAGAGUUCCCAUGUUUUAUUUUCAUAUGGUGAUUACGAUAUUAAUAAUCCUAUAUGUCAGGUUGAAGAACGACUCUUUAAAUCCCUUCUAGUUUUUCUUCAGUGACUCAUAGAGUAAUCUGUUGUUUUAGUAGAGUUUUUCAGAUCGCCUGCAGUCUUCAAAGCAAAAAUGCUAAAUGGACGAACCCUACACCUGCAGCACAUAAAAUAUUACCUGUAUGGAUUUUUGUUGAUGAUGGAAAUGCUUAUAUUGUGUACAUACUGGAGGCUGACAGUGGCCUUUUUUUUUCUUUUGUUUAUUUGUUUUUUCACAAUAUUAUAUUCCAGGAAUAACAACAGAACUUGUACUCAGAACAGAAUCUAUUAUGUAAAACUUGUCUUAAGAAUACAUGCAUUUAUUCAUGCACACACACACACACAUAUAAACUGUAUACAUCUACGUCAAUGAGUACACAUUCUCAGGACUGCUCUGUAAUGCUAUAUUUUCUCUUUAAGUGCAGGAAAAAAAGCAAUUAUUUCAUCCUACAAGUUAAAAAAAAGAAGGUACAUUUUUCUUUGAAACGCUUGUGAACCACUCGCCCUUCCAAUAACACCAAGUUAAGAUAGACAGUUUUUUGUAAUAUUUCCUUUUUUUAUAUGUACACUGUUUACUGAUAUUCUUCUUUGUUCUGUCUCUAACUGUAAAGGUUAAUAAUAAAGUUGACAUGGUUAUGCUUUAACUCCCAA